AUGGAGUUGGCCGAGUUCAUAUCUCGCCGUGAGGCUUCCGUUGGGCAAAUAUCUCAGCGGUGCUCUAACAAGUGUAUUUUGACAGAGGCAUCAAUUGCGCCUGGCUUUGCGCUGAUAACGGGAAUGUUUUACACAAGAUCGGAGCAGCCAUCACGCCAGGCAGCAUGGUUUGUUGGUAAUUCCAUUGCUGUUCUCCUUGGCGGGCUGAUUGCCUACGGUAUUGGCAAUAUUCACAUCACAGCUAUUGCCCAAUGGCAACUGUUGUUUCUUAUCUUAGGCGCCAUCACUUCUGCCUAUGGCGUCAUCUUAUUCUUUACACUACCGGACUCACCCGCGAAAGCUGUGUUUCUGAAACCCAACGAACGAGCCAUUGCAGUCCACAGAACAUUGAAGAACAAGACUGGAGUUUUGGACACGGGCAAGUUCAAAUGGGGUCAGGUUUUAAUGGCGAUCAAAGACCUACAAACGUGGUUUUUGAUGCCCAUUGGCGGUGCUCAGCUUGUCUUUCUCCUCCUUACCUCGGGGUUCGCGUCCCUUGUUCCAAAGUCUCGUAUUAUUAUGAUGAUCUUCAAUACGGCUGUAUCGAUGCUCGGUAUGCUUUUGAUUUGGAAGCUAGAUGAUGAGAACCACGCAGGGAAGAUAACCGGUCUCUGCCUGGGUGGUGUCUUCGCUGCCAAUAUCCCUUUGUCUUAG